CUUGAUUCAUGAAAACUGUAAAGUACAUUUUACGUUUACGUAAAUAUGUAAAUUGUAGAUAGGGAGCUUAUCGUAUUUGACGUUUGUGAAAGAAGAACUGGUUGUUUACAAUUUGCCGAGAUCUCAAAAGUUCGUACGAAUAGGUAGAUGUGACAAUGGACGCCAACAUAGACGAUGACGGAACAUACAACGAAUUAGAAUAUCCGGAGAAUAGACAAAACAAUGCCGAGGAGGAUUAUUCAGAAGAAAAUACAGACGAAACAUCUGUCUCUACCGAAAGUACUUUUGACUUGACAUUACCAGCGACACAUUCUUAUUUAGGACAUAAUUUAGAAGAACUCAGAGGAAGGACAAUAUUAGAUGAUGGACUUUAUGUGAACUUGCCACUGCUAGUGAAACAGUCUGUCAUGUUAUUUCCUGGACAGACAUUGCCAAUGACAGUAUUUGAUGCACAAACUAUUGAUAUGAUAAGAACUUGCAUUGAAAAUGAUCGAACAUUGGGUGUUGUAUGUUUGGGUUACGAUAAAAUGGUACCAAUAGGUACAACUGCAGAAAUUUAUGAGUGUAUGUAUGAUCCUGAUCAAGGUUUUCGCCUGAAAGCUAAGGGCAGACAAAGAUUUAAAAUUCUCCGAGUUAUAAUUCAGGGUUAUGAUAAAAUAUCAGCUCAUGUACAAGUCUUACCAGAAAUAACGCUUGGACCACCAUUCUUGGAUGAACGUUUAGCUUCAUUAGAUCAUAUACGAAUACAUCCAAAAAAUGAGGAAGAUUUUAAGAAGCAAGAAAAAGUAGAAAAUUUAGAUGCUGUAGUAACACCUUGGCCAGCCUGGGUGUACCGACAAUAUGAUCCUUUAAGACUUUCAUUAAAAAUACGACAACGUUUGCAAUUUAUCGAAAGCAAGGGAAGUAGUAUACCGGAAGAUCCUGCAGAUUUAUCAUUCUGGGUCGCCCAAAAUUUGUUAUUAGAUGAUAAUGAACGAAUCGUUUUGUUAAAUUACGAUUGUGCAAUUUCAAGGUUACAAAGAGAAAUUAGAUAUCUAGUAGAAGAUAAAAUAUUUGUUUGUUGCAAUUGCGACUCUUAUAUUGGAAGGCAAUCACAUAUGUUUCCAAUGAGUAAAGAAGGCCCGCAGGGUACCUAUUGCAAUCCUUCUGGGAUUAUACAUGAAACCGUAACCUUGUAUCAUGCACAAGGUCUUGCACUGAGUGAUAAUCCACCAUCAAUAAAUUAUACAUGGUUUCCAGGAUACGCCUGGACUGUCGCAAUGUGUAAAUAUUGCGGUGAUCAUAUGGGAUGGAAGUUUACAGCAGUUCAAAAUAAUUUAAAACCUAAGGCAUUCUGGGGCUUGAUACGUAAGAGUUUGAAAAGUAAAGAAAAAUGAGCAAACCAAAAAUUUAAUGAAUAUAUUAGACCGAAAGAUUCGGUGAUUAGUUUAAAAAACCCGGCGCAUAUUUCCAAUAGUUUUUUUGGUGUUAUAUAACUAUAUACAAUUGUUUGUAUUGCCCUUGUGUUUAGCAUAUAACUAUGUACAAUUGUUUAUGCUAUUGUAAGCUUUCGAUAGUGAUAAUAUUAAUUUUUUCAAUGAAUACGACAUAUUGAAAUAAUUAUUCACUGUGAACUUUCGAUUAUCGACUGAAAUACGGUAUAAAAAAAAACUUCAAUAUUUAUAUGUAUAUAGAAUUUAAUUUAGCUGUAUGAGAAACGAGAUCGAUAAAGAAAACUAUAUUUAUUUCAAAUUUGUAUUGUUAUAUAAUUUCAAAAUGUAAAUUAAAUGGAUUGAACCAUUACAAAAAAAACUUUUAUUUUUCAAAAGCAGUUUAUUCUGCUUUGUUUGUUUUUUUAUGGGUAUCUGGGUAAGAUUUCCCGAUUUAAAUUUUUUAUGUAACUAGUCAUUAUGAGACAUAUACAUCCAUCUUCAAUAUUAAUAUCAAUAUAAUAAGAAUUUGUCAACAUACCUUGCCUAAGAAAUUCGCAAAUAGUAACUAGAUACAAAUUUUUUACGAUUUAAUGUUCUCACUUAACACGAUUAAUAGCGAUAAACCAGUGGCAGAAGUUGAAUAGUAUUGAUUGUAAUAUUUACAUGUUUUAAUAUUUACAGUUGUAAAAUAAGUUUAACAUCAUGUCACCUCUCAUUAUUAUACUGAACUUCAACAAUUAUAUACAAGUUAUAAACAAAGAUAUAAUACAUGUUAUUGGGAUAUGAUAUUUUGUUAUUUGUACAUCAGAAUUUAAUAAAUGUGAAUUUAACGUGAAACGUAA